UCAACAUCAAAUGCGUGGGGAUAUACAGUAGUACAAUAAAAAGCAGUAUGCAUGCUUAGAAAGCCGUCAGUCUUCACGUGGUGCGUACUGAAGAAAGAUAGAAUUAACAGAGAAUAUUCAAAAUAGUCACAUAAAAUAAACGCUCUAAAACUUCUUCAAAUCUACAAUAUGUAAUAUUUUAUAUAAUUUGUAUCUUUUUUGUAUUAAAUUAAUACAUUUUAUAUACAUUCUAAUUAUAUGUGACAAUUAAUCCAAUAUGAUUUUUUAAACAGUGAAAUAUAUUUCGGUAUAAUGUGAAAACAUUAAUUUUUUUCUUAAUUUUUAAUAACUAAUUGAAGUGUCUGUUUUGUAAUCGGAAAAUACUUUUAAAGAAGAAAUUGUUCCGGACGAAAAUUCGCUCAUAUUUCAAGUAUUUUUUGGAAAGGGAAGAAAAUGUUACAGAUUUAAUUAGUGUGCUCGAUCGCUGAAUGAACAAUCCUCACCGUUAUACAAGAUGGUGCAGCAAAAUUCAAAUGCAGUAACUGUGAGGAAUGCCGUGAAGUAUUAUACAUCAGAGAAACCUAUACUCGAUGAAUUGAACAUGACUGUCCCGAGAGGAUCCAUAUACGGAUUGUUGGGCGCAAGUGGAUGCGGCAAGACGACACUUUUAUCCUGCAUCGUCGGAGUUAAGAAUAUCGAUUCGGGUGACAUAUGGGUCCUGGGAGGAAAACCUGGCAGACCGGGCUCCGGAAUUCCUGGACCUCGUGUGGGCUAUAUGCCGCAGGAGAUCUCCUUGGUCGGGGAAUUCACUGUGACCGGUGCUCUCUAUUAUUUCGGCAGGAUCAACGGACUCGAAGACGAGGAGAUCGAGACGAGACAGAAAUUUCUCUCGGAACUGCUUCAGCUGCCCCCAGCGAAUCGUUUAAUAAAAAAUAUGAGCGGAGGUCAACAGAGGAGAGUCUCCUUCGCUGCUGCGAUGAUCCACAGUCCCGAAUUCCUGAUUCUGGACGAACCCACCGUAGGCCUGGAUCCAAUUUUGAGUAACAACAUCUGGCUCUAUCUGACCAAGAUCACUCAGGAAGAAGGCAUCACCGUGUUGAUUACGACGCAUUAUAUCCAAGAGGCUAAAGAUUCUAAUGUGAUCGGUUUGAUGAGAUGUGGUAAAUUGUUAGCGGAAUCGUCGCCUGCGGAAUUGCUAGAGCAAUUUCAUUGCUCAUCCUUGGAGGAGGCAUUCCUAGGCCUGUGUCAGGCGCAAGAUAGUACAAUGCUUGCAAACGCUUCUGAGGUCCAAGGAAUCCAAGAUAUAAAGAUCGAAGAGGAUCAAAACGUACAUCAAAAUGAAGAUAGUUAUAAACGAAUGAAGGGUCAAAUUGCGGAGUUCAGAGCGAGAUCGAUAUAUAAUGUCUCGGCAUCGAGAAGAUUCAAGGCUUUGAUGAUAAAAAACGGUGUACAAUUUUUUCGUUUUUACUCAGGUAUAGUUUUUGCGCUAUUAUUUCCGCUGGCACAAGUCGGCUCAUUUUUCGGCGGAGUCACUGAUGAUCUGAAAGAUGUAUCGAUUGGCAUCGUCAAUGAGGAAGCUGGCAACUGCAAGAAUAACAUCGGUAACAACAGCAUAUGGUACGACCAAGAGAACUUCAUCUGUCGCUUUAGUAAUCUCAGCUGUAGAUUUAUUCACGAGUAUGGCGACUCUAUCGCGGAGCAGAAAUAUUAUGAUAGCGUGUCUGCAGCAUCUGAGGCUACACGCAAUGGUGAUCUCGUCGGCGUGAUGCAUUUCAACCACAAUUUCUCCGAAGCUCUGCAGAAUCGAAUUCAAGACUUUUCAAAUCCUGACUUAAACAACAUUCUGUACGGUACAAUUAAUGUAUAUCUUGAUAUGGGUGACAUGCAAAUUGGGUUAUAUAUGGAGAAGAAGUUGUAUGAACGUUUCACAGAGAUUUUUGAAAAUGUGAUGAAAGACUGCGAGUAUUCACCAAGAGUGGGCUCAUUGCCUCUUCGAUUCGAUGCAGUUUAUAGUAGUAUGGACGAUGGUUAUAAAUAUUUUGUCGCGCCAGGUUUCAUAAUGAUAUUGCUCUUUUUUCUGGCUACCACAAUCUCCGCUACCUUGAUAAUUACAGAUCGAGCAGAAGGUGUGUGGGAUCGAAGUCUAGUUCAAGGUGUCAAGAACAGCGAAAUUCUGGUGGCUCAUAUUCUUACUCAGACCACACUAAUAAUCAUCCACGUUACGAUGAUAAUGACCCUAUUCUUUCCUAUAUGGGAUGUAGAAUGUAAAGGAUCAUAUUUCGAUGUAUUUUUGCUCAUGUUUCUUGACGGCUUUGCUGGAUUAAUGUACGGUUUUUUCAUCUCCGUUACAUGCAAGAAUCACACUAUGGCAAAUUAUGCUUCGGCUGGAAGUUUCUUCCCCCUAAUAGUAAUGAGCGCAUCCAUAUGGCCAGCAGAAGGAAUAGAAAGCGAGAUUCGCUGGCUCAGUUAUAGCAUGCCGACGACCUGGCCGGCUAUAGGCUUGAGAGCAAUCAUUUUCAAGGGUUAUUCAUUUGAUGACGACGAAGUUAUCUUUGGUAUGCUAGUGAGUAUCGCAUACAUAUCGAUUUUAUUUAUUAUUAUUUUAUUCGCCUUAAGGUCGAAAUCUUAAAACGAUAGCAUCUUUAGAAAUAUAAAGGAAAUUUAUUUGAAAAGAAGAUAAAUAUGCCUUGCAUAUUAGAAUAAACAUUGAUUCAGUUAGAUGCAAGGUAUUUUAUCUGACUGCAACCAAAGUGUAUUUAUUAAUUUGAUGAUAUUAGAAAAUAUAAAAAUAUUUUAUUUUUC